AAUACAAUUGUAUGCAAAUUUGUCCGCCAUUACAUAAAGUCACACAGGUUCCCGUAAACUUUGACAUCAUAAUUUAAAAUAUUUGACGUCACAAUUUAAAAUUGUUUGUUGCUUGACGUCAAAAGGUGAUUUGGAGUCGAUCUAAGGUUAUUUGGAGGCCAAGUUCAAGAUAAAGAUAAAUGUAAGCAGCAAGAAUGUUCAGUAAAGUAAGAUCUACAAACACAUCACCAUCACCAAAACACAAUUUUGUCAUGAAUCCAUCUGUGUCCUUUGUUUAAUAUGCACAUAGACCAAGGUAUUAUCAGACAAGAAUACAAUAGAUAUUGGAAUUUACUCAUGAGAUUUAAUACUGACUUUUUAUCAUGACAGACACUGAUUUUAGAGUUGCAUUACUGGCAGGUGCUGCUGCUGGGAGCUCAGUGGAUGUGUCACUCUUUCCACUAGAUACAAUCAAGACACGUUUACAGAGUCCUGCUGGUUUUUGGAAAUCUGGAGGAUUCCGUGGAAUAUACUCUGGUUUGCUGUCUGUUACUAUUGGUUCUGCUCCUACAGCUGCAGUAUUUUUCUGUACUUAUGAGACCACAAAAAAUUUUGCUUCUAGGAAUGGAUUAAGUAAAUCAUUACCAAUAGUUCAUAUGGCUGGUGCUUCAUUUGGUGAAAUGACUUGCUGUUUGAUAAGAGUCCCAGUUGAAGUCAUAAAGCAGAGAGCUCAGGUUUCCACAAAUACGUCAUCAUACAGUGUUCUUAGAAAAACAUUACAGUCUGAAGGUUUUAGAGGACUUUAUAGGGGUUACCUGAGUACAGUAAUAAGAGAGGUUCCCUUUUCUUUUAUGCAAUUCCCAAUGUGGGAAUACUUUAAGAUACUGUGGUCAAGAGAACAAGGAAAACCAGUAGAUCCUUGGCAGUCUUCUAUAUGUGGAGCAGUUGCGGGUUCUAUUGCCUCAGGUAUAACAACACCUUUAGAUGUUGCUAAAACCAGGAUUAUGUUAGCAGAAAAAAAUAGUACACUUGCCUCUGGGAGUAUACCACAUGCUAUAAAGAUCAUAUUUUUAGAAAAAGGAGUCAAAGGAUUUUUUGCUGGGAUCAUUCCAAGAGUAAUAUGGAUAUCUAUAGGUGGUGCUAUAUUCCUUGGUGUUUAUGAAAAAGUUAAAUUGAUUUGUAAUAAACAUUUUACUGAAGAAGGAUAUUUAUAACGAACAGUCAAGUCCGCGUUUUAUCUUGUGACAAGAGAAAAGCAGUCUGUAAUUUAUCUCUAUUUUGCGAGUAUAAUUUAGAGUUCAUAUUUCUAACCAAUAAUUAGAUUAUUUUCGGUUUGAUGUAGAAAAAUGAUAUAGGUAUAUAUGUUACAGUACUAAUUGAAACUAAGUAGUAUCCAGUAUCCUCCUAGUAGAAAUUGAAAAAAUCAGAUUUGU